UUGUCCACAUAGUGUGUGGUGUUAACGCAGUUACACCAAUAACAACUAAAAUAACUUCAUUCAAAAAAUGUAAAUCACCAUAUUUUGCUAUCUUUAUUUUUUAAGUUUAUCAUUUAUUUAUUUAUUUAAUUCUAUACAGAAAGUGUUUAUAUUUGAAAUAAUUAUCAAACAUGUUUGUCCAGUUAUAAAUUGGUGUGGUGUACAUUUCUAAAAAAAAUCGCGUCCAAUGUGUCCUGCAGUAGCUUAUGAAAUGUUGGUGGCACACAGUCCGCCGGUGUUUAGCCACAGCCCUCCAACAGGAUAUCUUUCCGACUACACUUCUUCUUUUCGUUUCAACAUUGACCACAUCCCACGACCCUGUCGAUCAUCUAAACCGUCUACAGCCCAAACUUUUUCCAACAAAAGCUUUUUCAAAAUGCCUGCUUCACCAAAACGUCCAUGUUUGGUUAUACGUCCCGACGACACUUCUGUAUGCAACGACGAAGACCCCACAAGUCCCACCCGUCUAAAAAAGAAAGUGGUGUUUGCCGAUGAUAAGGGAAUGUCUUUGACACAUGUACGAGUCAUGACAGAACCUUCGAACGUGCCACCACUUUGGAGUUACAGAUUUUUGGCCGAAGUCACACAAGGCCUUUCAGCAGAACCGGAAGUGGUUGACGAGCCCUGGGAGUGUACGUUUCCACAGCCAGCGUCCGAUUACGUACAGUUUCGGAAAACUUUGGAAACAAAGAAGGUGUCGUUGGAGAAUGUAAUCGUCAAAGAACCAGAAAACCUCAUCGUGGGAACAGUGAAAGUGAAUAAUAUUUCCUACCAAAAAGAAGUCGUUGUUCGCAUAUCGUCUGAUAACUGGAAAACAUUUGAAGAUGCUUUUUGUAACUUUGUUCCAAAUGCUAGUUCUUCUGUCAGUCCUGCCUACGUCUUAUACGAUACUUUUUCGUUUAAAAUACCUUUACGUCUUAGAGCGAAGAAAGUUGAAUUUUGUGUGUGUUUCCGUUGUAAUGAAAAUGAAUAUUGGGAUAACAACGAUGGGAAAAAUUAUGUAAUAAUAAAAAAAACUCAAGAUCAGCAAAUAUAUAAAUCCUCCUCAGAGGAAUUUUACAAGAAAACACAUGAGACUGUUUCUUCAGUAAUGUCAAAAUGUACUGAUGCCAUACAAGCCAAACUUGAUUCAUGGUCUGAAUUUGCUAGUUGGACACAUCUGGACAAUUCAAGCCCCUAUUGGUGAACCUUCAAGGAUUUGGAAAAGUUAUUGAGUUUCAACCAAUGUGUAGCAAACAUCUUGUAAUGGGACCCAUAAUCUCCGUGAAUUCAUAAUUGCCAAACGAAACAAUCCUAUGGCGGAUUCGAUGACUGCAUACCUCUGGAAUAGUCCCUUGAUCCACCGAGUUUCAUUAUUUUUUAAAUUGUUGAUUUAACGGUGCUGGACUGUGACUGAAUCUGUGAUAUACUGCGAUUAAAAUAAAUUAUAGUGUUGAUAAUAAUUACAAGUGCCAAACAACGAUAGUGCAAGAUAUGAGAAAGUGUUAAGAUAUAUUUUGUUUGUUGAAAACUUAGGUAGCUAUGUUAGAAAAAGACUGAUAUAAAUAUUAACACAUCGAAUGCUUACUAAGUAUAAUGUUUUUUUUGUUAUAACUAUGUAUAAUUUUAUUAUUUUUGAAAACUCGAUGAAUUGGUUAAGUAGAUUUUAUUUGUACAGCUGCUUAAGACACUGGUAGUUCCUUGCUUAGUUUUAGUCCUCUAGCCUGUGCUAUAGAAUCGAUUUGCUUGCAAUAUUUGAGUGCAGUUUUAUCGUUUGUUGUAUUGUAUACUUUGUUUUUUUUUAUGUUUUUGUGUAUAUAUGCAAUAUUAUUUUUCGAUUGUAUUAUUUCGUCUUCAUUAUAUUAAAAGACACAUCGUUGAUUGAUAUGAGAAUGUUUAUACUAUUAUGGUGUUUUAUAUUGUAAUUCCUUAUUAUUUUAGCCGAUAUAUGCGAUUUUUGUUAAUAAACUGAUCUACAGAUUGAAAA